CUGAAAGAUAACCAAAAUGUCUUCGAAAGCAUACAGAUCUACACGUUCUAGCGAAAACCAAUCAUUGUCCUUUGAGGAUGUUGUCAUGACCGGUUUAGCCAACGAUGGUGGCUUAUUUGUCCCAUCUAAAAUUCCAAAACUUCCUGACACGUUCUUGGAGGAAUGGAAAGACUUUUCUUUUAAUGAGUUAGCCUUUAACAUUUUAAGAUUAUACAUCGAGGAAUCAGAAAUCUCAAACUCGGAAUUAAAGGAUUUGGUCACUAGGUCUUACUCCACAUUCAGAACACCAGAAGUCACCCCAAUCAAGAAGAUUGAUGAUGAUGUUUACUUAUUGGAAUUGUUCCAUGGUCCAACAUAUGCUUUCAAGGAUGUUGCAUUGCAAUUUGUGGGUAACUUGUUUGAGUUCUUUUUGAACAGACGUAACUCUAAGAAAGCUGCUGGCGAACCAAAAGAUAUUAUCACAGUUGUUGGUGCCACCUCUGGUGAUACCGGCUCUGCAGCUAUCUAUGGUUUGAGAGGAAAGAAGGACGUCUCUGUUUUCAUCUUAUACCCUACUGGUAGAAUCUCCCCAAUCCAAGAGGAGCAAAUGACCACCGUGGAAGAUGCUAAUGUCCAUACUUUAUCUGUCAAGGGAACUUUUGAUGAUUGUCAAGAUAUUGUCAAACAAAUCUUUGGAGAUAAGGAAUUCAAUGAAAAGUACCAUGUAGGUGCAGUCAACUCAAUUAACUGGGCUCGUAUUUUGGCUCAACAAACCUACUACUUUUAUUCCUAUUUCCAAUUGAGAAAGCAAUUAGCUAGAAACAGCGACAAGGUUAGAUACGUUGUUCCAUCUGGUAACUUUGGUGACAUCUUGGCUGGUUAUUAUGCCAAAGAAAUGGGUUUGCCUGUCGAUAAAUUGAUCAUCGCCACUAACGAAAAUGAUAUCUUGGACAGAUUUUUAAAAUCUGGCCGCUAUGAGAAGAAAUCUGGUGACGAUGGUGCUGUCAAGGCUACCCACUCGCCUGCCAUGGAUAUUUUGAUUUCAUCCAACUUUGAGAGAUUGUUAUGGUAUUUGGCUAGAGAUAUUGCAGCCAAAGGUGAUGAUAACAAGGCUGGUUCUACCUUGAAUGAUUGGAUGAAGCAAUUAAAGGAAACUGGAUCUGUUACUAUUCCAGAUGAGGUUGUCAAGCAUGCCAGAAUAACAUUUGACUCAGAAAGAGUUAACAACGAAGAUACUGUCAAGACUAUCAGACAAGUGUACACUACUAGCUCUGACGAUUACGUGUUAGAUCCCCACACCGCUGUUGGAGUCGCCACUACCUACAGGUUUAUUGCUAAGGAUGAUAAGGCCGAUUCGAUUAAGUACAUAUCUUUGUCCACCGCGCACCCAGCCAAGUUUUCUGACGUUGUGAGCCAGGCAUUAGACUCUGUGGAAGGUUACACUGACUUUAUUCCUGAAGACUUGAAGCAAUUGAGAAACAAGGAAAAGAGAAUCAAAUUAAUUGAUGAAGCUUCGUUGGAAAAAGUCAAGAAUGCUAUCAUCUCUGAGUUAAACUUCUAAAGCAUUUAUGCUCAUGUAUUUUUAUAGCUUAUUUAAAUUCAAUUCCAUUCUAAUUUCAUUCAUAUUAAGAC